AUGGGCGCAAAUUCGGACCCUGAGCCCAGCGUCCUCGUUGCGUCCGGGAAUAGGUCCGCUCAGCCUGCGCGGAAUCGCGAAACUUCAAACACCGACACCACCGACCUUGUCAACAAUGAGUCUGAAUCCUCGUCGGACGACAACAACGGUGAAGAGGAUCCUCGCCGUCGUCUUCUAGCUGCAGAGCGAACCCUUUCGAUAGACACGAGUUUUCGCGCCGGCACCGCUCUCCCACAGGUUGAUGACACCGAGCAAGCUGCAGCUGCGAAAGGCAAGCCUAUAUCAUGGCGCUCGCUCCCUCGCAAAGACCAGCUGUUCGUCAUCACCCUGGCACGACUCUCGGAACCACUGACCCAGACAUCACUGGGCUCCUAUCUCUUCUACCAACUCCAGUCGUUCGACCAGACUUUGCCCGAGGCGACAAUUGCUUACCAAGCGGGUAUCAUCCAAGCUGCCUUCCCCUUCGCGCAGUUCCUGACUGCCAUGUUCUGGGGUCGCGUCGCAGAUUCUGAACAUGGCGGGCGGAAACGGGUCAUUUACAUCGGACUUCUUGGGACCAUGUGCAGCAUUCUCGGCUUUGGCUUCUCCCACAGUUUCCCCAUGGCGGUAGCGUUUCGAUGUAUGGGCGGCGUCCUCAAUGGCAAUAUUGGUGUUAUGAGGACAAUGAUCAGUGAGAUAAUCAAGGAGAAGAAGUACCAGAGCAGAGCGUUCCUCAUACUGCCCAUGACAUUCAAUAUCGGUGUCAUCAUAGGGCCGAUCCUGGGUGGUCUUCUGGCAGAUCCAGUGGACAGCUACCCCUCUCUUUUCGGACCAGGCUCACUCAUGGGCGGCGAGAAUGGCGUUUACUGGAUGACGCAAUGGCCCUACGCGCUGCCCAACAUCAUGAGUGCAUGCUUUCUUCUUUUCUCCGCGCUGGCUGUUGUCUUCUUCCUGGAGGAGACCAACGAGCUCUGCAGGGACAAGCCGGACCUCGGGCUACGCCUAGGCAGGAUGAUUCGCCGUUACGUCUUUCGUCAGUCCGUUGCAACCGAAUCAGGCUACUCUGCCAUUCCAGAAGACGACUUUGGUGCUUCCAACAGCCUCGAGCUCCAGCCAACUCCCACUUCAGCUCAUCCGGGCACUCCUACAUCAGGCGACAAGGCCAACAGGGUACUCCGUCAAAAGCUACCCUUCCGCCGCAUCUGGACCCGGAACCUUAUACUCACCCUGCUUGCCCACGGUCUCAUGGCCAUGCACGUGGGAGGGUUCAACUCACUGUGGUUCAUCUAUCUCUCGACCCCUCGUUUCGACCCAGCAGAGCCACAUCCUCCUGGUUUCAAGCCCCAUGGCUUCGUGCACUUUACCGGCGGUUUAGCACUACCUCCAGCGCGCAUAGGCGUUGCUCUGGCCAUCCUCGGGGUCACUGGCAUCACCCUGCAGCUCUUCCUCUACCCCAAGCUCUCGCACCGACUCGGCACAGCGAAAAGUUUUCGCGUCUUCCUGGCGCUGUUCCCCGUCACCUAUGCGCUCGCACCUUUCCUGAGCCGUGUACCGAGCUGGAGCAAGCCGCCCGCCGGUGCCAGCGGACCAUUCGUAUGGAUAGCUAUGAUAGGAGUCCUAUUUAUACAGGUCCUCGCUCGUACAUUCGCUUUGCCUUGCACCACAAUACUCGUCAACAACGUCAGCCCUCAUCCGUCGGUGCUGGGCACUGUACACGGGAUCGGACAGUCAGUGUCUAGCCUUACGAGGACUAUAGGGCCUAUUCUUUUCUCUUGGGUCUUCGGCAAGGGACUCAAUAUGGGCGUUGUCGGGCUUGGCUGGUGGCUUAUGGCGGCCGUUGCAACUGUAGGUUGCGUAGCUGCGCAGUGGGUAAGAGAAGGCGACGGUCAUGAGAUUCUGCUUGACGGAGAAGUCAGGGGAAGAGACGGAGAGGUUCGAAGAGCGGAUUGA